GCUGUGGUAAUGGUGAUGUCACUGCUGAGGAGUUUGCUGUUGUUCUACUUCUCAUUCAAUGAAUUGACCACAGCAGCAGAAGCCAUUCUCUGGGUGAAGACUGGGGAGAAGUUUACUAUGAAGUGCUCCACCACUCUAAAAGACCAGGACGGAAUGUACCUGUAUGUUGGGCUGGACAGGGAGGUGUUGUAUUACCACCAGCGUAGCUCCAAGCUGACCCCCAGGAAAGGCUACUGGGACAGAGUGAAGACUGAGGGACCUGUGGACCAACUGACCAUCACCAUCAGUAACCUGACUAUAGAGAACACAGGAGUCUACUGGUGUGUUUACACCAAAUUCAAUGAAGCCAUGUAUGAAAAUGACAUCAACCAAGGAAGAGGCUCCACUCUGGUCGUGGUGAAUGACGAUGCCCCCCAGCUGCCAUGCCCCACAGCUACUGCAGUACCACUGACCCCCUUUCACCCAGCCAACGACAAGCCGUGCCCAUCUGGCGUGGUAAACAUCAUCAUCAUUAGCAUCUUGACCAUCCUGCUGUGUGUCAUCUUCCUCAUCUGGGUCGUUUCACGGGUGAAGAGGUGCUUUAACCAGGGAGGAUACACACCCCAGGUCUUUCCUGACUCGGUCUAUGAAGACAUGGCCAAGAAUCACGUUUAUCCACCAGACACACAGCAGGUAGAAUCGUACCCGUUUUGUGUGUCUACCAAAGGAGGAAGUAGGACAACUGAGUAGCUUCUUCAAAUGCUUUCUCUGAAUAUGGCUUCUUUACUUUCUCAGAAUUGAAAAACCUGUCUGCUGUAUUUCACAGUUCUAGCCCCAAUGCUAGUCUUAUUGGUAAAUUGUUUGUGUGUGUGUGUUGCGCCAUACCAUGCUUAUGUGUGUGAAUAAAAUCUCUAUAUGGACAGUAUUCAUUCAUAUUUCAACAGAAGAGGGAACAACCAAUGUUAUAUUCCAGUUCUAUUCAACUAUAUUCUUACGGGGGCCAGAUGGAAAAAAGGUUAAUUUCAGGGGGGCCAGACAUUUUCCACAUGCGACCCACACACACCAAUAAAGCACUUUUCUUCUAAUGAAAUGUGUCUAAAAGUAGUUGGGGAAGAAGUGGAAAGUGCUCGAUCAACGUGAGUUGAGGUGCAACCAAAAAAUGUGCUCCUCUUUGAAAAGAAAAAGGCUCAAUGCUUGCUCAUCCUUUUAACUAUUAAAAGAUCCUCAAAUGUAAUUAGGUCAUUUGAAAAUCAUCUGAAAACUAAGCAUCUCAAUAAAUAACAGACAACAACCAUAGUGCUUUUCAUUUUGCCACUGAACGUCGGAUUUUGGUGCAGAUCUUUUGUGAAUGUUCAGAAUUGAUCAAAGGGCCAGUCUAAAUUACUGAACGGUUCAGAUCUGGCCCGCUGCCGCCAGUUGAAUAUCCCUGUUUUAGUCCAUAAGGUGUACAGUUGAUAGCGAUGGAGGCCUCCCUAUAACUUUUUUCAAUAGAUCAGGUCAUAAGAUUCAUAUUGCUGUUUUCUAGUGUUUUUAGGUCACUGGACCACUCAUCAAGCUGUUCCUGUGCAUGUUGUCUGCCACAAAGUCAAAAGAGCUUCAAUGUUAAAAUGAGAACAGUUUGUUAAGACUUUUAUUAUAUUUUAUCAUAGGUACAAAUAUUUUAGCUGCCUAAACUUUCAGCUAUAUCAGGAUAUAAGCAAUUUUUACAUUACAUUUGAUCAUUCUAUGGUUUUAGUUGAGAUAGCUAGUCGGUUAAACCAUAAUGGUCUGAGUACAUUGUUUUCAUGCUGAUACGGAGUAAUGAGUGCGCCUUGUGGUUGGAAAAACAAUGAUUCAUUUUUACCAAGUGACGUAGUAUUUGUCUUACACUACGAGUCACUGUUUUUAACUCAUGUUUCAACUUCCUAACAGCUAUUUUCACUUUAAAUAGCUGCAAAUGUGUAUUGUAUUUUUUUAAAGGAAGAGAAAUAUUCUCACCGUUUGCCUUUUAAUCAAAAUAUUGAUACAUCAUUGAUAGUCAUGUGAUAUUCCACUUGUGUAUUAAUGUUAAUGUUGUAUAUGUGUAUCUGGUAUGCAUUGGUGAUGUUCAGCUAUAUUUCUUACAGUAAAUUGUAUGUUUGGAAAGUUUUCUAGUUAAAUCAAUCGAAGACAAGUUCAGACAGGAAACCAGAGAAUUUGUAUCAGCUGAUAUUGAACCAAUUAGAUUCACUCUACCGAAACAUGGCGGUCUAUUUAGUUAACCAGGUAAUGCAAACUCAUUUCAUUAUGUCUGCUGCACACAAGCUAUGCACUGGUGUUCUUGGUGACAUGCUAUGCUGUAACAUGCGGUACUCACCCUGCAUGUCUGCUUUCCGACCACCCACCCCAGACUCCCCUGUUUGGGCACAGCUUUUGUUUCAGUCAGGGGGAUUGGUAUAGCAUACCUGGCUCACUGUUUGUUAUUAUGUUAUCAUUAUGCAUGCUCUGGCAGUGAGCUACCCCGAAGGUGCAGAGCCUAAC